GGCUGAGAUUGAACAGGCUACUCAAACCGCCUCCGUCGUUUGUGUUGGCAGCCGCGGGCCCUGGCCAGCUCCCGCAGGAUGGAGAACUACGAGAAGAUAGAGAAGGUCGGAGAGGGAACAUAUGGCAAGGUGUACAAGGCGCGGGACAAGAACACGGGCCGCCUGGUGGCACUGAAGAAGACGCGUCUGGAGAUGGAGGAAGAGGGCGUGCCAUCCACCACGCUGCGAGAGAUUUCGCUGCUGCAGAUGCUGUCGGAGAGCAACCACAUUGUCAAGCUGCUGUGCGUGGAACACCUGGAAGAGAAUGGCAAGCCGUGCCUGUACCUGGUGUUUGAGUACCUGAGCACCGACCUGAAAAAGUACAUGGACCGCAUUGGCAAGGGCCCUGCGCAUCCGUUGCCUCUGGAGAUUGUCAAGAGCUUCAUGUACCAGCUGCUGAAGGGUGUGGCGCACAUGCACAAGCAUGGCGUGAUGCACCGUGACCUCAAGCCACAGAAUCUACUGGUGGAUGACAGCACCGCACACCCACUGCUCAAAGUGGCAGACCUGGGCCUUGGCCGCCACUUCACCAUCCCCAUCAAGGCAUACACGCACGAGAUUGUCACCCUGUGGUAUCGCGCGCCAGAGGUGCUGCUGGGCGCUACCCACUAUGCUCCCGCGGUAGACAUCUGGAGCAUUGCCUGCAUCUUUGCUGAGCUGGCUCGCAAGCAAGCCAUCUUCCCUGGUGACAGCGAGCUGCAGCAGCUGUUGCACAUCUUCAAGCUGCUGGGUACGCCCAGCGAGGAAGUUUGGCCGGGCGUGACCAAGCUGCGUGACUGGCAUGAGUUCCCACAGUGGCAUGGGCAGGACCUGCACCAGGUGUUCCCGCGGCUGUGCCCUGACGGCAUUGACCUGAUGCAGAAGAUGUUUGAGUAUGACCCUGCCAAGCGCAUCACGGCCAAGGAUGCGAUGCGGCACCCCUACUUUGAUGAUCUCGACAAGGAAACGGUGGAUGCGCUGGAGAACGAGGCGUUGCGCGACCGCGAGGACUGAAUAGGCAGGCUCAUAGCAGCAGCAGCGCCUCUCACAGACAGUUCAGAAAGAGCGCUAUGCAAGCCAUUAGUUGCGGUUCAAAACAAACCUGAGUGCUUAGAUUUGCAGGUAGGCACAAAAGCCUACUUGUCCAGCUUGCCAGAAACAAACGGUGCAGCUGCCACGGCUGUCAACCAACCGCGACUCCCAAAGUCCGAGUUGGCAAGUUGAUUGUUCGAAAAAUAGGAUGUGGUUUACACAAUGUACAUUCCCAAUUUC